CAGGAAGCAUCCCAGAUACCAACCACCAUGCUGCCAGCAGUGAUCUGGGGCCACUGGGGCCUGUUUUAUACCAGUGCUAGGCAUUCUGUGAGGAUGAGCAGCACUAGGGUAGACUGGAAGGGCAUGCUGGCUAACCGGGUAGCUGUGGUCACGGGGUCCACCAGUGGGAUUGGCUUCUCUGUCGCCCGGCGUCUGGCCCAGGAUGGGGCCCAUGUGGUCAUCAGCAGCCGGAAGCAGCAGAAUGUGGAUCGGGCUGUGGGUGAGCUGCGGGGGGAGGGACUGAGUGUUACAGGCACCGUGUGCCAUGUGGAGAAGACUGAGGACCGGGAGCGGCUGGUGGCCAAGGCCCUGGAGCACUGUGGGGCCGUUGACUUCCUGGUGUGCAAUGCAGCGGUCAACCCUCUGGUGGGGAGCACUCUGGGGACCAGUGAGCAGAUCUGGGACAAGAUCCUAAGUGUGAACCUGAAGUCCCCAGCCCUGCUGCUGAGCCAGUUGCUGCCCUACAUGGAGAAGAGGAGGGGUGCUGUCAUCCUGGUCUCCUCCAUUGCAGCUUAUAUCCCAAAAGUGGAGCUGGGUGUCUACAACAUCAGCAAGACAGCACUGCUGGGCCUCACCAGGACACUAGCAUUGGAGCUGGCCCCCAAGGACAUCCGGGUAAACUGCCUGGUUCCAGGAAUGAUCAAGACUGACUUCAGCAAAGUGUUGCAUGCGAAUGAGGCUUUCUGGAACUCCUUCAGUGAACAUCAUCAGCUGCAGAGGAUUGGGAAGCCAGAGGACUGUGCAGGAAUCGUGUCCUUCCUGUGCUCUCCAGAUGCCAGCUACAUCACCGGGGAGAACAUUGUGGUGGCCGGCUUCUCCUCUCGGCUCUGAGAGGGGUAGGGGUGGGGGUGGCUGUGCAGCUGUGGUCCCAGGCCCAGGAGCCUGAGGGGGUUUCUAGGUGAUCAUUUGGAUCUGGAGACAGAGUCUACCAUUCUUCCAGAAUUUGGGGGCUUACUCAUACUAGGCUUAAGGAGAAGAAAAACUUCAAUAUUCUCCUUAGGACCUCUCUGCAAGCCUGUUGUAGAUUUGGCUGAUCUAAUCAAUGUGUGGGGUUCUUGGUGUGGGGCUGGUGCUUUGAAGGAACCUUAAGGGAAAGGAAUAGAAGCUCAGGCCUCUGAAGGAUCUUAGCUCUUCCUCUCUGUAAUUUGUGCUUUAAGCUUUUUUUUUUCCUAAAAUAAACUCAAAUUUAUCCUCAA